GAACUGGCAGAUUUAAAUGGCAAUUCCAUGUAUAGUUCGUCUAAAACAAAGCCGCAUCGAUGGUGUUCGUUUUUUUAAAUCAGUGCUGCGAAGGCGAUACACCUUCUCAUUUUUAUAAUUAUUUUUAUUUGAAACACAAAGUGCAAAUGCACGACAGAACGUAGUACAUCUAAAGACAUAAAGUUGAUAGAUCAACAAUCGCAAGUAAAUUAAUGUGCAACACAUUGAGUAGGGAAAUUAAAAAGAAGAGAGGAAAAAUGGAGAGGAGGGGACACGUCUACAAAUUAGGCUGAGCGAAUACUUUAACGAUACACUGUACAGCUUCUCAGAAACCGAACGACUGUGAUCCAGUCGAUAAAAGAUAUGUCCACGUAAGACCUUGCAAAGGUUGCAGCCAAUCACGAGGCUACGUUUUGGACAUGUCCGAAAUUCUCCGAAAUGAGCGCCACACGCUUUAUUAUCAGCCGCUAUCACAGAGUCGCGUAUUUGGAGCUCUCUUUCGCCAGAUGGGCAGAGUGGAUCGGUGCUGGUCUGAUCUGGGUUCAACAAUGGCGUGGUGUAUUCUGGGUGCUGCAGUCCUCAUGCUGAGCCUGGGGGUGGAUGGGGCAGGGGGCGGAGAAGGGGGCGGGGCAGGGGGCGGGUCCUACGUGGCGGCCGUGUACGAGCACCACGUCAUUCGGAACCCGCAGCCCAAGGUUUCGCUGAGCCGGCAGGAAGCGCUGGAACACAUGAAUAAGAACCUGGACGUGUAUGAGGAGCAGGCUGCUGCUGCCGCCAAACAGGGUGCCCACAUCAUUGUGUUUCCAGAAGAUGGCAUCCAUGGCUUUAACUUCAGCAGGGAGUCUAUCGCUGGUUACCUGGAGACGGUGCCAGACCCCACGGCUGUGAGCUGGAACCCCUGUUCUGACCCAACCCCCUUCCCAACACUGAGGUACUGUGAGGGAGGAACUGAGGUUCUGCAUCGUCUCAGCUGCUUGGCUAAGAACAACAGCCUGUACCUGGUGGCAAACAUGCCGGGGCGUGAGGAUUGCGAUGCCCAGACCCCCCCCUGCCCCCCCGAUGGGCGCUACCAGUUUAACACAGAUGUGGUGUUCAGUGCUAACGGCACACUGGUAGCGCGUUACCGCAAGCGGAACCUGUACUUCGAAUUCGAGUUCGACACGCCUGCUGACCCCCAGCUCAUCACCUUCGACACACCCUUCGCUGGUCGCUUCGGCCUGUUCACCUGCUUCGACAUCCUGUUCUACAACCCAGCGAUGGAGCUGGUGGAGAAGCUGGGCGUGCGGCAGCUGGUCUACCCCACCGCCUGGAUAAACACGCUUCCCCUGAUGGAUUCUGUACAGUUUCACCGCUCCUUCUCCUACGCCACCAACACCACCCUCCUGUCCGCUAACCUUCGCGUAGGUGGGGUGAGAAUGACAGGCAGCGGGAUAUACAGCCCCCGGGAGGCUCUAUAUCACCACGCACGGGCGGGCGAGCCAGAAGCCGGCCGGCUGCUGGUGAAAACUCUGCCUGUUCUGGAAUCCCACAGCCCCUCCCUCCCAUCACCCAUCUCAGGAGACCAGGAGCCCCCGUGCUAUCAGCAGGGGGACGGGGAGUGCCAGCGGACUGUCCCUGAGGGAAGGAGUCGCCCAGAGAAGCCAGCUGCCCCCAGCAGCCCCUUCAAGGCGGAUAUGAUGAGCGACAAUUUCACCAUGGUGCUCGUAGAGGGAGCUGAGGGAAACCUGUCUGUGUGUGAUAACGCACUCUGCUGCCACCUGCAGUUCCGAAGGCGCACUGCACCCCAGGAGCUCUACGCCCUGGCAGCCUUCGAUGGCCUGCAUGUGAACAGAACGUACUAUGUUCAGGUGUGUGCGCUGAUUAGGUGCAGCGGUCUCACCCCUCAGACCUGUGGGGCAGAGAUCGACCACGCCGACACGCUCCUGGACUUCCGGCUGAUGGGAAACUUCAGCACGCCCCACGUGUUCCCAAGCGUGCUCGGGAGCCACAUGCAGCUGGACCGCAUCGACCACAGCGGCUGGGAGGGGCGGGGCUUCUACAUGACCCGCCACGGGAUGGAGCGCGGUCUGGUGACUGCUGCGCUCUGCAGCAGAGCGUAUGACCGGGACCACACCCACACCACCGUCGGGGGGAGUGAUAUAAACGUGUAGAAAUACUGACUGUCUCACACUGGAAUAUGAACACGUCCACAUGCAGCCAUUUGGUGCAUCAUGGGGAAUGGAAUGAAGUGUGUGUGUAGAACUACACUGGAAGGGUGAGAACUGGAAUUUAGCUUGUAUUUUUGUUUCUGUCCUGGGACAGCGAAGGGUAUGGUAAGCAGGUAAAGUGGGGGGGGGGGGGUAAACAGGUAAAGUGGGGGGUAAUGUGAAAUCUGCAUUCAGUAACUCGGGUGGUGAAAUUUUCCCUCAUCGAUGGAGCUCAUUCUCUCUGGAGAUCCACACUGUAGCUGCCAAAGUACCACGAAAACUAAGAUUUCAAUAAAAAAUCAUCAAUAAGUUCAAAUGAAAGCUCAGAACGAUAUGACAUUUCUUGCAUUUGUGAAAACGGUGGCUCUCUAGCACACUUCUGCUGUGUGCGCUGUGAGAAAAGCUCUUGUGUGACUCUUACCCUGUGGCCAGGAGUCAGUUUAUAAGAACACCUGAGUCUGUAUUGGGGGGGACGGGUGGGCGUACUAGCAGGAGACUUACUGGCAAUCAGCAGAUACUGAACUCCAGUUGCACACUAAAUUAGUACGCAGAAAAUACUGUGUUUAUGUGCAGGUACAUAGUCAAAACUGAAGUUAGCUGGGAACCUACAAUGGCAUCAUAAUAAAUGUCUACAUAUAAAGAACUAUAUUUGCCUCCUUCAAACAAACAGUUUACAAUGAUUGUUAAAAGAAAUAAAACACAUUUUUUUAUAUUUACAUUUUUCUUAACAUAUUUAAGCAUAUUUGCCAUGGCUUAGUUUAAUUUAAUUCUUGUGUUACAUUAAAUCAUAUUCCAGUGCAUUACACAGCGAAAUUUAAAAUUACAGUGGAUUACACUGUGUAAUAUUAAAUGUGGCUGUACUUUA